GCCAUUAGCCUGCAGCACGGUGGGGAUUGGAGGAGAGAGCGCCUGGGAUGCUUCCUGAUGAAUAGCAGAGGGUCCGGGCCGUGACCGCAGGCUCAGCAUGUGCUGGAGUCUCGCUGCACUUUCCCAGCCCCCCUGCCAGGAUGGGGGGAGAGAGGGGGAGAGAGGCAGCGAACGGAACAGGGCGAUCCGCAUCCAGCAGCGCAACCAGCAGCCCGGAGCCGCCGCUUCCUGGAAGCAGAGGCUCGGGGGGCGGACGGGACAGGCAGGCUCGAUAAGGCGGCGGCUAUCGGGGCGCCAGCUGCGGGGCUGGGCAGCAGACAGCGCGCGCCCGGCGGAAGGUUCGGAGCCCGGGUCCCUCCCGCGCUGAAGGCAGUUAAAUGUGAAGGCUCCAGCAUGGCACUGGGGAGCACAGGCCACUGGCUGCAUGGUGGUGGAAGAGCACUGUGCAGCUCACCCCCAGGGCACAGACUCAGCGGAGGGGACAGACUUCCUGAGCAGUUAUCAUGUCCGUGAAAUUGACAUUUGUCUCUCCCAGCGAUGGGGGUGGAAUCAGCAGGAGCUGCUCCUUUGCUGGAUUCAGCACAGUGCAAAGCAGAAAGCUAGCAAAGUCUCUCAGCAGGAAUUCAGUGAGGUCUAAAAUGUCUGUGAAAUCCUCCAAAAUGUAUCCGUCCCUGCAGAGAGGGGCUGUUAUCUGGGAUCCAAAACCACAGCAGGUGAAGAAAAUUUUUGAAGCUUUGAAGAAAGGACUUAAUGAAUACCUGCAAGUGCAUCAGGCUGAGUUGGAUUAUCUGUCUGCUCGACACAAAGAUACAAAAAGGAACUCCAGACUGGCUUUCUAUUAUGAUCUGGAUAAGCAAAUUCGCUCUGUUGAAAGGUACAUCAGAAAACUGGAAUUUCAUAUAAGCAAGGUAGAAGAACUAUAUGAAACUUACUGCAUCCAGUGCAGGCUGCGAGAUGGGGCCUCUAAUAUGAAACAUGCCUUCUCCUUGACUCCCUCCACUAAAGCCUCCAGAGAGAGCCUGGUAGAACUUUAUAAGAACCUCCAAGAAUGCACAGAGGAUAUGUGUCUGAUUGAAGGGGCACUGGAGGUGCACUUGGGAGAAUUUCACUUGAAAAUGAAAGGGUUGGUGGGCUACGCACGUCUCUGCCCAGGGGACCAGUAUGAGGUGUUUGUGCGACUGGGACGCCAGAAGUGGAAGCUGAAGGGCAAGAUUGAGACGGAUGACAGCCAAACAUGGGAUGAGGAAGAGAAGGUUUUUAUACCCAACCUUCAUGAGCAGUUUGAAAUAAAGGUCACAGAGCUGCGGGGACUGACCACGAUUCUAGUUGGCGUGGUAACGUGUGACAGCAUCGACUUCUUUACAACCAGGCCUCAGGCGAUCAUUGUGGAUAUAACUGAGCUAGGCACCAUCAAGUUACAGUUGGAGGUCGUCUGGAACCCAUUUGACACAGAGAACCUGUUUCUGUCCCCUGGAACUACUGCCAAGUUUUCUCUGGGUAGUAGGAAAAGCUCCUUAUACAACUGGACCCCGCCAAACACUCCAAGCUUCAGGGAGAAAUAUUAUCUCUCUGUUUCGCAGCAACGAGUUAACCAAGGUGGCAUAAACGAUGAGGCGCGAGCCCCCUGCAUACUGAGCUACUUGGCUGACUGUGACUUUGAUGUGCAUCUAAGGAAUGACAACCACAGCUCUGCAGAGACUGAUUCAUUCAGCUUCAAGGAUCAGAAAGGAACAGAAACCAGAAAUGUGACUCCAGCUUCAGACCACAGGACCCUGCCAUUGGUUCUUGUACAGGACACCUGUGCAGAAGGAAGACAACACAAGUCUCCAAACCACACAACUCUAGAUAUCCUGAAAGAGACACCCACCAUGGAUGGAGCUCCAAAUAGCCCAUCCAACCCAAGGGACAUUAGCAAAGAUGGCAGAGAUUCCAUCAGCCAGCACUGGAGUCACCAGCCAGUGGAACAAGAAAAUGUCCUGUCUGUUGGUCGGAAAAGCUUGAACACUGAAGAUGACAUAAAACCAGCUGCAAGUGCCAAAGUAGUUGAGAAACUCCUUCAAGAAGUGUUAAAUUUGCUGAAGUCACAGAAUCCAGGGCAAACCCAAUUGGAGGAAUUGGAGUACCAAGUUUUAUGCAUCAGGGACAAAUUAAAGCUGAAGACGUCUCAUCAGAAACAUUCAUCCAUGGAGAGUCUGAUGGUGGAGAUGGUGCUGGAAAGUUUUGACUUUUUAAACACGGACUGCAGUGCUGAUGAGCUUUCCUUAUUUGGAAGCAUAAGGACAGACAGUACCAGCACUUACAAUGACAAUAUACUGGGCUAUGACAGGAAAACAGAAACGAAAGAAUUAACCACAGGGAAUGAUGAUUUAGACAAACUUCUGAUAGUUCAUCUGCAGUUGUGCAAAGCUCUCUUGCAGAAACUGGUUUCGCCAAACAUAGCCCGAAUUGUCCAGGAGAGCCUUCUGGAAGAAGUGUCACGGCAGAAACAAGUGCUGGAAACUGUUUCAAAGCUCUGUGUUCUGGAAGCUCGGAGCUUCACCUCUGUUGAAGAGGUUAUUCACAAGGCGAAAAAGCACAAGCAGUGUCUGAAAAUCUGGAGUGAAUUCACAGAGCCAGGAAAUAUCUUGUUCUGUUCAUCGGAAAAAUUCCAGAAUCCACUGAAAUAUGUAUUAAUGUUCAAAGUGAAGGAGAAAUAUCCAGGACACGUAGAAGCAGUGCUGCGAAGGCUGCUGGAGCAGAUAGUCACCUGCAGCGGGUUGCUCCCCUCUGGGAGCCCCCCUGAAGAACUGCUUACCUUAUUCCAGUUUCACAGCUACCUGGAGAAAGAGCAUGUUACCAACCUGGAGAAGCACUUGGCAGAACUCAUCAAAGAAGUGAUGCUCAUUGAGGAGCUACAGUGUCCUGGGCGACUUAAGAAAAUCAAGAAACUAAAAGGAAAGCGACUGAGCCAGCUCCAGCCUCUGCCCCAAACUUUACGGCUGCUUGGGAUUCUGCAGUUAGAUGACAACCGCCACGUCAGCAAAGCAGCAACGGCCUGUCUCUCUCGGGCGGCAACAAAUAAGAAUUUCAGGGAGAAGGCUCUGCUUUUUUACACGGAUAUUUUAGCUGAGUGUGAUGCAAAAAUACAGCAAGCUGCAUGUCUGGCUCUCAAAAACCUCAGAGCCAUAGAAAGCAUUGAGCAGAUUGCCAGCCUGUGUCAGUCUGAAGCAGAGGAUGUACGGAACGCUGCCAGGGAAACAACGCUGUCAUUUGGUGAAAAAGGACGACUAGCCUUUGAAAAAAUGGACAGAGUAUGCUGUGAGUUGAGAGACACUGUAUACCAAGAAGCUGAAAUUGAAAUCACAAUAUUUUAACUAAAUGAAAUGCUGAAGCUGAUCUACAACCCAGGUCUGACCUACAGCCCAGGUGGCUACAGAAGGAUUUGGUUUCCAUGGUAUAUUUUCCAUUUACCAAUAGGUGGUUAAAUUAGCACACACAGGUAUCUAGCAGAUUUCAGAAUAUUGAGUGGGAGCAUCCAUUUGGGGGGUUAGGACAAAAAAAAAAAAAAAAAAAAAACCACAGCAGAUGGAUCAGAAUUCUUCUGACACUGAGCUAAAACCAUGAAGUAUCACUGUGUGGUGCUAGUGUAAAUCCAUCAGCCCCUCUCAGGCUGUGUCCACCAGGAAGCACAAUAAACCUUGAAAAAACUCAGUCUGCCCAGAUUAGGAGGCAAAAGGGAGUCUAACAGGAGACUUAGUAACUUGUUUGUUUUCACUAAGAAUCCUGACUCAAUUUCACAAACUCAUUCUCCUCCUCUUCUGUGGGGAUUCAUGAGUGGCAAGGGAGCAAAGGUAAAGUGUAGCCUUAGACCUGGCAUGUGACAGUACUGCCUCUCUUAGUGCAGAGAGCAUGAGCAGAAAUAAAGCUUAGUGUGAAGAGAUAGAGGUUUCCUUUCUGCUUCACAUGUAGAAACUCUGAACUGAUGGCAAUGGGCCUGUUCAUUAUCAUCCCAAAGUGUUUUCCCCUCCUUUGACACAAACUACUUAAAAAUGAAGGGUCAGCUCCUCAGUUGGUGUGAAAGGAGCAUAACUCCACUAGAUUACAGCAGCUGAAUAGCUGGUCCUAGAUGUAGCUUUCCUACAGCCUUAGAGUUUUGAUUUUAUGGAUAUAAGACAAUGUGGAUGUGGACAGCAGCACUCAGGAGCCAGAAUACCUAUAUACACUUAGUUAGAUCUGCAGAAAACUAGUCCAAGCUGAAGUUAUAAACCAGCACUUGUUCUGUCUGAUGUCAUAGCAGCUGCCAUGCACUUUAAAACAUCAUUUCUAGGCUGGUCUGUGCUAUCUUGUAAAUUUGAGUAAGAUCUUAAAAGUUCAUUGGUUUCUGGAAGCAAUGUAAAAAUGUGCAGUAGACAAAUUGGGAUUUCAGUGCUUUAAACAAGAGAUGUUUGAAAUUAACUCUAAUCUGAAAACUGUGUAAGCGUAGAUAGGAGGAAACUAUUAAGGGAAUAUUCCUUCAACCUCACUUGUUUACUUUAAGAAUUCAGCACAUGCCUGUCCUUCACAUUUAUGGAUUAAGUGUAUAGAACUGAGUUGUAUAUGGACAGCUCCAGGCAGAAGUGUCAAGUUUUUAAUUUAUACACUUAAUUGUUUAAUCUUAGGCUAAGAUUAAAAAAAGGUACCUGAAGUCAGGCUCCUUAAUCCAUACUUGAGCACCUAGAAGUGGCCUGAUUUUCAACAGAAGGUGCUGAAUGCUCAGCUCUUAGAAUAAGACCACCCACUCUGAGUAUUCAAAUAGGGGUUUAGGAACUUCACGUGAGGCACAAUACUUGAACAGUCUUGGUCUUUAUGUAUAUAUUAUACAGUAUAUUGUGCUUUGUACUUUUCUAUUCAGUAUUUAUUUCUAUGUUGGUUUACGUACAGUUUUCUAAAAUUUUAAAUAAAACAUUAAGUGCUUGCCUUUUUGCAAA